ACCGCUCAGCCCGGGUACCCUGCCAGGAGUCUUGUGACCUGGCAUUUCCUCCGGUGCGACAGUUGGCUUGCCAUGCUCAAGACCUGAUUUUGUCCCAAAAUAUUUGAGAUUGGAGUCUGAGAUAAGCUGGAAAAUCUUAUGGCCUUGUCUUACGAAAAUCCGAGGAGUCAACUGGCCUCAAAUAAGCUUUUUUUAAAUUCCUGUGCCCGUUGCAUUGAUGAGGGGACUCCACUCAUUGGAAAUAAUAUCCAGAACAGCCGACCAGGUUUAAGUUGACGUGAGUUACCCAACGACCACCUUCAAAACCUGCAUCCUCAAGUGAUGGCCUCUUCCUGAGCACGGUGUUUGUGUGGUUGACAUCCGUGUAAAUACAAAACACGGUUAUUACUUCCCAAUUCCUUAAGAGCAAUGCUUGCAGUCAUGGCCGUGGGACACAUCUAAAGAUGCCGUAGCACCCACACAUGGAGCUAGGGUAGCCAGGUUGACUGCUCACUGCACUGUGAAAACCAUUAGGAAAAAGUCCUUGGGGUUAAAACCUGGGGCUCCACAGUGUUACGUGCACUUGGGGCUAGAAAUUAUUUUAAAUGGCGACUGAUCUGUCUGAAGCUGAACCCGUGCAUCAUAAGGCGCUUCCACUCUUAACGGGAGCUCAGCUGAUCCACACGGACAAGUUAAGUGAGAAAGUUGAAGACGAAACGAUGCCGAUCCGUCGCUCAGUGAAUUCUUCUUCCCGAGAAACUCCUCCCAAAAGCAAACCUGCUGAAGGUGGUGAAGAGGUCAAAGCAGAUGCAGAAGCCACCUCUGAGGAGUCUGCUUCUGUUGGAGAAGAACAAGAGAAUGAAACCUUGCCUGCUGCAUCCAGUGAAGCAGAACAGCCAAAGGAACCUGACAAUGAAGGGAAGGGGGAAACAAAGUCCUCGGAAGAAACCAAAAAGGAUGAGAAGGAUCAGUCUAAGGAAAAGGAGAAGAAAGUGAAAAAGACCAUUCCUGCAUGGGCUACUCUUUCUGCUAGUCAGCUCGCUAGAGCACAGAAGCAAACUCAGAUGGCUGCCACUUCACGUCCCAAGAUGGAUGCUAUUUUAACUGAGGCUAUCAAGGCAUGCUUUCAAAAGAGUGGUGCCUCAGUUGUUGCAAUACGUAAAUAUAUCAUCCACAAAUACCCUUCCCUGGAGCUCGAGAGGAGAGGCUAUCUUCUAAAGCAAGCAUUGAAAAGGGAGCUGGAGAGAGGGAUCAUUAGACAGGUGAAAGGAAAGGGAGCUUCUGGGAGCUUUGUGGUGGUGUCUAAUGCAGGAAAAACUGUUCCAAAAGCCAGAGACAGAAAGAAAAGCACUUCCGCUUCGACUCCAGAGCAACAGGUCAAGCUGGAAGACAUCCUGCCACUGGCUUUCACCCGCCUUUGUGAGCCGAAGGAAGCUUCUUACAGCCUGAUCAAGAAAUAUGUGUCUCAGUAUUACCCCAAACUCAAAGUAGAUAUAAGACCUCAGCUGUUGAAGAAUGCCCUGCAGAGAGCUGUAGAGAAGGGCCAGCUAGAGCAGAUCACAGGGAAAGGAGCGUCUGGGACAUUCCAGCUGAAGAGGUCAGGGGAGAAGCCCCUGCUGGGUGGGACUCUGAUGGAAGAUGCCAUCCUGUCUGCUAUUGCGGCCAUGAAUGAACCGAAGACCUGCUCCACCACAGCACUGAAGAAGUAUAUCCUGGAAAACCACCCAGGGACCAACUCCAACUUCCAGGUGCAUCUACUGAAGAGAACCCUGCAGAGAUGUGAGAAGAAUGGCUGGCUGGAGCAGAUUUCUGGAAAGGGCUUCAGUGGAACCUUUCAGCUUUGUUUCCCUUAUUAUCCUAGCCCAGGUGUGCUCUACCCGGAGAAGCAGCAGGAGGAGGACUCUGAAGAAUCUGAUGAGGAAGAGGAGGAGGAAUCUGUGGAGGAAGAAGAAUCAGAAGAGGAGGAGUCUGAGGAGGAAGAGCCACCACCAAAGAAAAGGAUGCAGAAGAGACCUCCUCCGAAAUCACGGAGUAGGGCCCCUCCGAUGAAACGGAGAGAGUCCAAGCCCAAGCCAAGAAAAACCCCUGCAGCCCGCAGGGGAAAAGCAAAGCCCCCACCCAAGGUGAAAACCCCUGCUAAGAAAGCCAAACCAGCAGCCCCAGCCAUCAAGAAACCCUCUGGUGGCAGCUCUUCCAAGAAACCAGCAGCCAGUGGGAGGAAGGAAGUGAAACCCUCUGCCAAGGGCAAACCUACCAUGAGGAAAUCUCUCCGGGCAAAAAAGUAAAUAUUUCCAGUGUCAGGGAAUCCCAUGGUCAAAUCUGCAGUCUUGUUUUAUAAAGUCAACGUGCAUUUGUAUUUUAGUUCUGAUGCUUAAACACUUCUUUUUUUUUUCCCUUGGAUGAUGGGGAAAAAGAUGAAAACUAAAUCAAACCAUCCCAAGCAUCUGUUAAUCUCAGUGCUGUGCCUCGUGCCUACCCCUCCCCUGGAACAGGUCAUCUUUAGUUUCUGCAAUAAUUUUAGGACUUUUCUAGGACAUGUAAUCUGUACCUUUUAUGGUGUUCCUCUUGGGUUUGGAGGGAGGGGGGUGGCUUUAAAAAUUCUUCAAAUAAGUUCUUUGCCUCUUUAGACAGCAGGAACGUGGUAAUUGGGGAAAUAAGAUUCUUAACUGAGAAGGUACAACGGCACUAGAGUCCUCCUUAGAUCCCCUGCAUGAUGAGGUCCUUCAUGCUUCUGUGAAGAAGCAGUGUAUAUACAGCACUUGCACUGAGCCCUGGAAGUGCUUCUUUCUGCUCAACUGUUGUAGUGACAGGCUAAGGGGGUGGGGCAUUUGGCUUCUUCAGACCAGCACGUUUUGGGGGUGAGUAGACAUCUUCAGUAACCGGAGGCUGCCACAUGUACUGAUCGUCUGGCACCAGGGGGGAUUGAAAAGGGGUAGUUCUCGGUUGGGUGGGUGAUUUGAAUUAGUGUUUCCACACCACAUCUUUUACCUUCAAACCAAAAUAUAUAAAAGUCUUCUUGAAUCCAACUUUCAAGCAUUUUUAAGAGAUGAAGAGCCUAAGUUUUGUCACUUCUUGUUUACCCUUUUUUAAAGAAAAGUUGGAGAGCUAUACAAUUGCUAAUGUAGAGAUGUUGAUAAGUGAAGAACAUGCAGUUUGCUAAAAUAAAAUGAAAUUAGAUUCCA